AUGGCAUCGGAGAAUAUCACAAUACACGGGGAUGAAUACAAAAAUGUUACAUUGUUGAAUGCCUAUACGGAAGCGGAGAUGACGCAAUUCGAAGAAGUUGGAGGAACCUGCUCAAACAAAGACAACCCCAAUGAAGCUUGUUGUACUGUCCGUAGUGUGGUUAUAGGACUAGUCUUUGUUCUGGGUAUGUCAUAUCUUCAUCAGUGGACUAAUUUUCAACUCACUGGAACUUUCAUUUCAUCUGCUCUGACUGUUGUGUUGGUAUAUCCUUUUGGAAUACUUUGGGCUAAAGUUGUGCCUUAUGCUAAACCAUUUACUUUGAAAGAACAUGGAUUUGUAAUGAUUAUGACAAACGUUGCAUGGAUGUAUUACUCAACAUUUACUUAUGCAACGCUUUCAACAUUAAAAGUACUUGAAUUGGACAAUUUAAAUUUCGCAUAUUAUUUUGGCUUUGUCCUAUCAAUUCAAUUUCUUGGCUUUGGUCUCGCAGGCAUUCUUCGACGAUUUUUGGUAUGGCCAGCAGACGUUAUAUGGCCUCAAAACUUGCCGUUGAUUGCAGUCUUGCGUACUCUGCACGAAUACAAGAGAGACGGACCAUUAGCCUCUUAUAACAAUACAGAGAAGCGGAGCUGGUGGAAAACUUUAACCCGAAAGCCAUUAUUCUUUUUCUUUGGUAUUGCUAUUGUAACAUUCAUUUACGAAUGGUUUCCAAUGUGUAUUAUGCCAAUACUACGCACUUUUUCGUGGAUGUGUAUGAUUCAACCUAAUAGUAAUGCUCUCGCUCAAUUAACUGCUGUUCGUGGUCUCGCAAUAGGUGGUGGAGGUCUCACAUUCGACUGGUAUGAAAUAACAAAAUAUCUUGGAUCACCACUUAUUUUACCAGGUUGGGCUCUAGGUAACAUUGCUAUUGGAUUUGUUCUAAUUGUUUGGAUAAUUGUACCGAUCGUUUAUGGAACGAAUGUGCGAGAUUUGAGAAGCAAUGCCAUUGGGGGAGUUGUUUCUGCAGAUUUUACAACUAUAAGUCUCGUAACGGCAUUCACUUCUUUUGCUUGCGUCUCCGCUGUAUUUGUACAUACAAUCUUAUUUUAUGGUGUUAAGAUUUGGAAUCUAAUACGUUCAAGAGCAAACACAAACAUGGGCAAUGAUAUGCAUAAUCGUCUUAUGUCAUUAUAUCCUCAAGUUCCCGAUUGGUGGUAUCUAGAAUUGUUUGCACCAGCUCUGGUUAUAGCCUGUGUCGUUUGUGAUCACUCUGGUUGGUUAAACUGGUAUUGGGUAUUGUUCUCUCUAUUUAUUGGUGCCGUAUUCGUACUUCCUUUUGGAUAUGUUUCAUCUAUAACUGGACAACUUCUGCACAAUUUAUCAGUAUAUUACAUAUGUGUUCUCGUUGUUCAAGGUCUGCCUUUUGAGUCAUCAGCAAGAAAAGCAUAUACAUUCAUUGCACUUAGCUAUGUUCUAUUUGCACAAACACUGACUCUAGUUCAAGAUAUGAAAUUAGGUCACUAUCUAAAAAUUGGACCACGCCCACUUUUUGCUGCGCAGUGUCUUGCUGGUUUGGAAUGCUGUACAUUUAGUAUUGGCAUUCGGUAUAUGUAUAUUAAAGAUGGUGCUAUCGGCACGGCUUGGUCCUUAUUUAAUGAGACUAAGAUUGGUUGGAAUCUAUUAAACGACUACGUUGGUUUCUUCUAUGGAAAAAAUGCUGCUAAUCAACAUUUGCUUUGGGCUUUUGUAUUGGGUGCUGCAUUACCGAUUCCGGGCUGGUAUUUAUCACGUUAUCCACGUUUCAGAUCAUUGAAACUUCUUCAUUGGCCUCUCAUUUUGAUCACUAUCGGCUGGAUGCCGGCUAUUGUAUCUGCAGGAGCACUCGUAACUUGGCUUAUCAUUGGCAUAAGUGUGUAUUAUGCAUUUGGCAAAUAUGGUUUUAGACAACGUCAUAUUUAUUUAACAUCUGGUGCUCUUGAUCUCGGUGUUAAUCUCACGCUCAUUAUUUCGAAUCUCGCGCUUUAUAAUCAAAACAUUUCUUUUGUCAGUUGGUGGGGUAACAGAGGCAUUUCGCAACUUGACACUUGCCAACUUGCUGUGAAAACGUCAUCCUAA